GCAUCGACCUAUCGACCCACCCGCCGAACCAUGGCGACAUCCUUCCGCCUCCUCUCCGCCGCCGCCCUCCUGCUCUUCGCCGCUGCCGCUGUCUCCGCUGACGAGGUGCACGAUGCGCUCCCCACGUACGGGCUCCCCUCGGGGCUCCUCCCCGACUCGGUGAAGAGCUACUCGCUCGCCGCGAACGGUGAGUUCGUGGUGGAGCUCGAGGCGCCGUGCUACGUCCAGUUCUCCCACCUCGUCUACUAUGAGAAGACCAUCCGGGGGAAGCUCUCCUACGGCGCCAUCUCCGAUCUCUCCGGCAUCCAGGCGAAGAAGCUCUUCAUCUGGGUCUCCAUCACCGACAUCGAGGCCCACCCCGCCGAUGGAACCAUCGAGUUCAAGGUCGGCUUCCUCUCCGAGUCACUCUCGGAGAAGCAGUUCGAGAGCGUCCCGCACUGCAAGGCCAAGGCUUCCGCCCGCCCCGGCUUCUUCCCUGAAGAGUUGCUCCCCCUUCCCGUUUCGGAGUGAGUUCAUCAGUUAACAUCAGGUUUAAGUGCAAGAAUCACAGUCGAAGUCGUCAUCCAUCCACCAGUCUUCUGUAGAAAUUGAAUUCUGUAUUUUGGUAAUAAGGUGAAUUGUAAUGUGCUAUAAAGACGAUGUAAUUUCUUGUAUGUGUUCGUGGAACGACUGCUCUAUAUUCCAAAUUUCAAA